UGCGUUGAUGGAAGCCCCCAAGUAGGCUCUGAUGAGGCAAUAGGCACGCUUAUUACGGUGCAAAAUUUGUUUUCUUAAGGUGUGAGUCAUGGAUGAUGCGUUGGUGAUAUGCCGGUGGAUGAAACAUGGCCAUGGGAUUGGCUGCUGACGAUUUCCUGUACAUGAAAUUUCACAGACCAAGAAUCUGCACAUAACUCAAGUCUGCCCUCUCUUCUGGGCUCUGCAACCGCGAACUCGUUGAGUCGAUGUCACGACAGCUGCAGUUGAUUCGUGGCCCAUGGGAUGUGAAUUAAAGGGUUGGCUAUAUAUGUGUGUGGUGCCGGUGUUUUGGAACUAGCGUUGCGCAAGGCGGCAUGGCACGGUUGCGAACACCUUGUAGAUCUCUGCUUAUGUAGGCUGCCCUUCUUCCAAGGCAAAACCGAAAGGCGUGCCCAUUUUUAACCGGAUAGCACAGGCAAGGAACACCAUAUGCUUGCAAAUGAAACACUCUCACAUCCUUGCACGCCUUAUCCUAGCUAAGAAUUCCUCAUUACACAAUCCAGGACUAGAAGAGACAGAUUCAUCCGGCUGUAUUGAGAGAUUCUAUAACAACACACCCGAAAGAGAUUUACACUCCUAAACCGUGACCACGAUUUUAGGUGACAAGCCAGGGGCGAUCCUGUCUUUUUUUUUUUACCGGGCCUCGCGAUGCUAUUCCUCGCGAUGCAACCCUUAAUAUGUUGGAAACUGUUUGUGGAAGGGUCCGGACCCGCAGUGUGAUUCCUCCAUCUAGGUGGCGGUCUAGACUAGAAGAAUCAAAUUUCUUGAAAAUGAUAGAGACUCAGAACAGGCCUAAAAGAAAACACAUAAUUAAAAUUACGACGCAAAGAAAGAAAUCGGUCCCUCAGCGAACCAGUUCAAUUCGACCGACCCGUCCCUGGUUUUCGGAUAAUCAAGCAACCUCCGCGAGGGGGGUCAAAACUCAGUCUCUCACUUCUCGUAACUACAACUUGAACCGGGGCCCGGAGCGAUUGAACCGCACAACUUGAACCGGGGGACAUCACGAUCCGCGGUUGUGCGGUCACGGUGAUUUACCCUGCCAGUCGGAGCUUAUACUAGGCGGGCCGCCGUGCCUCCUUUCUGUACAUGUUUUGUGCGUUGUGUAUGCAUCCCGGGCUUCGUUUUCUGGCAUGCUUCGGGGCUACCUGAGCUGCCUCUGACCUGAGCCUCCGAGUCCCGACUGUGGCGCUCAAGCCUGUGCUCGCCAGUUCGAAUCAAGCUGCCAAGCUGCGAUUAACAGGACGGAAUGCCAGCUGCCUCGUCUCGGUAUCACACAACCGUGACCCACGGGCCUUAGUACUAUUCAAAUUAUACCUCAGGCUCGCCGUGUUCAAGAGUUCAAGUUAUACUAGGCACGCGGAAUACCCUAGAAACAUAGCCAACUCCUGUGUCACGGUAACCGUGACUAGGAAAGAAAUGCCAGAAUACGGCACUGGUGACGUACCGUAGGUACUAAGGGCGUGCUAGUAUAAAUACCUACGGAACUACCGGACGUACCGUACGGUACCUACGGUACAAGUUUCUACGACUGUCGCGGUAUGUACAUCUGUAUCCAAUAAUAGUUGGCCCAUUACCCUAAUUUAUAUCCCAUACGGUAUAUAUAUUACCUAGCAGAGCGCGCCCUUGGCACCAGCAUGUAAUAUUACAUAGUGCUUUUUGCCAUGAUGCAUGCCACACCUGCCGAGAUCGAAGUUUUAAUCUCGAACAUACACAUGGCAGAGUUGGCAGGGAAUUGGAAGGAAGAAAAUAAGCAGUCGCUGUUUGUAAUCAUUCAAAUUGGAAAAGUAUAUGUCAGGAGUUCCAUUCAAAGAAGAGUCGAUACAGGAGCCACUUGGGAGGAUGAAAUUCUUAAGUUGCGCAUCAGCAAAGAACAUUGGUCUCAACCGGAGGCUCUGAUGACAAUUUUGGUCCAACAUGAUCAGCAACAGGCGUCCUUUCCUAAGGUAACUCUGAUUUUGUGCGCUAUGCUCGUUUAGGCAACACUGCUCUUAGGUUGUAGGUAUAGCAAUUAUAAAGAUGGUGGCCUUACAUGCUGCUUUUGAAAAUACCAUAUGCUUCACACUGGAUCUAUGGUGCGGCAGUAGAGCUGAGCCACAAGGGAUGUGCUCAAUGUCUGUGAGUGCGCGGGCACUUAAGGACGCUGGUCUAUCAAGCCAAAUCACCCUGCAUGAAGCAAAAUCACAGCCAAAUAAUGACAAGGUAAGAGGCGCUGAACUUUCUUACCUGGAAGAAAUGGAGGCUUCUUGGCCGAUCACAGAUGCCAUAAUCGUAUUGCGUCAGUGUGAUUCCUUAAAAAAACAUGUUAGUGCCGAGGAUGACACGUUGACUAGGUCAAUUCAAUGGAGCAAUAUGUGAAUGAAUGUCAAAGAGUCGAAGUUGGGCCCAGUGUUCUAAGAAAGUAUAUUGAAUUCCUUGCCCGUGCUGAGCCUUAUAGAGGCACCCUAUCCCAUGAGUUUUGCAAGGAACAAGGGCAUGUCGAAUCACCCACGUUGACGCGUGCAUUUGAUCGGGCUGCAGCCGAGCUUGCAGUCAGGCAUAUUAUUGAUUCCGCAAACCAAAUGUCCGUGCCUAAAAUAGACUUUCGGGUCUCCUCAGUCUCGAUGGAUCUCGUUCGCGAGUCAAAAGUAAAUCUAUCACCACGAAAGUAUACAGCAUCCAUCAAAGCACUGUGUCUCGCAGAGGGCGAACUGAGCUUGAUUGACGCAAAUUGCCCACCUCCUUUAGAAAACGAUGCAACCUUCCCCUGGUCGGCCGGCGAGGACCCUAGGACAGGUAUUAGGUGUUGGCAUAAUGUCAAUACUAAUUUUGCAUCAUUUAAACGACCAAGAUGCAUUUGGGAAUAUAAACUUGACUUUCUUGCUCGCUUACGGCCAAAGUUUCACACAGCUCGGCGGCUUCGCGACAACUCUGCAUUUUCAAAAGGAAAACGACAAGGAACAACAUUUACGAGAUGGGGCUGGUACGAAGAUGACUCGGAUACCCGCCAUCGCAAGCAUGGACAAAAAAAAAUACAGCAGUGCCUACAAGAUCAGAACACGCGUCGCCUCGCCACUCCCUCGCAUGUUGAAGCGGUUGCUAGGACUAUAGUUCAAAUUAUUACCCAUGUUGAGGAUUGUCUUAACGUAGAAAGGGGACGCCAAGGUCGGGACACAAGAAACUUUGCAAGGUCCUGCCGACAUCCAACCGUGGGGUGCUGUUACAUGAAGCAUAUCUCUAGUUCAAUAAUGCGCGGUGGGAACUGUGUCGACCUAAAAUAUAUCAACGCAUUCCGUUCAGAUAACGGCAGUGUGCUGCCAUAUAUUGAAGAUCACACAAAAGUUAAUAAAAAAAAGCCAUGUUUGGGCUUCGAAUUAGCACACUCGGGGGGCGACCUCCUUCCAUUGGAGCCAGGUUCAGGAGAAACAAAGGUGAGUGGGCUAUUUACAUCGACUUUGAAUCUUACAUGUGCAGUUGCACUACAUCUUGGGCUCAGUAGCAGUCAAGAGUCAUUGUGCACUACACAAAAAGAGAUGCAGUCGGGAGUCGUGCGCAACACACAGCAUUUGAAUGACAAAAGAAAAUCUGCAGGCACACACUACGAUAACAAACACGUGUUGCUUGGACAUAGUAAUGCGAAUGGCACUAGCCGGUUCGAAAGUCUUUUAAUCCAUGAUAUUGUCAAGACCUCCGCCAUCCCAAAAUCGCGAAUUGCUAUUGAUGAGAUUGUUAUUGUCCGUCAAGACCCAGCACUUACAAACAUUCCUAAAAGACAAGCGCUUGCCAACAGCUUUAUCUCCAAACCAAAUAAAAACAUGCAUUUUGCCGUAACCACACGGGACGGUUGCACGAUGUCGCUCCAGAAUCACAAAAGUCGAGGUUCACUUGGCUGGACAUCUGAUCACAAGAAUCUAAUCAUUGCUAAGCUCACUUUUGUUGGUACCAGUCUACCUGGUGUCUAUGCUACUGCGUCGGCUGUUGCGGCAGCGGCAAGAGAUGGAGGUUCGCCGCUACGGCGUCUUGGGGCUGUGAGUUGCUGCUGCAUUGACGGCACAGCAUGUGCGGCCUUGCAGCUACGACAACAAGCAUGGCCGAGCUACUGGACGUUCUUUAUGUCGCCUCUUUACUUUGGAUAUAGAAGUGGACGGCCCUCAUCAACUCAUGAUCUGCGGAGACGCUCUUCAAGCCACGUCCAACAUUCUGCCACGGCUGGCGCUAGUCUUGGUUGUAUUCCACCUGCCAAAUCAAAGACCUCAGUAAUGCACGAGCUGAGAGCAUACAAGGGCAUGGGCAUAUAUGACCGGAUGAUCGGGAGACCUGAGGCGUCAAUGUGCGAUGGCGCUGGACGCAUGACAGCACUACCAGUGUCUUGAAGGAGUAUACCGUAUUUAAGUUCAGUGUUGCAGGUUCCGCAGCUCAAAGGACAAAAAAACAUCAUUCGUGGGAUUCUCAGCUUCAGGGACAAGAGCAUAUCUGAGCAUCCUUGGCAAGCCAAGUUGAUUGAUCAAAAGCCAGUUCCAUGGUGGUAUCGCUCGAGGCCUAGAGUAAAGUUCGUCGCCUCUACCGAUCUGGUAUUGGCACGGGCCCCUCGGAUAUCAUGCAAUUGGCGCCAUCCAGCAAAAUCGGAUUCUCACCGACUCCGUGCAGUGAAGUGGAGAGCAAAGCAGAGGGUCCUGCGCUCGUGGCUUAUUGAAAAAAUUGAAUCCCUAAGUCCUGGGUCAAGCUCACUCUUGACAGCAUAUCACGCUCUCCGCGAGAAGCCAUUUGAAGCGGAGACUUUAACUUCGACUAAGCGACCAGUGCAAGAAUCCACUCAGAUACAACAAAGAAACUCAUAUCGCGAAGUCGAGACUGCGUUGCGCUGGCUGUACCGCCAGGCGAGUGUUACAACAAGUAUGCAUGGAGGAAAACUGACUAUUCAAAAGCAGGAUCUUUUUUGCUCUUUUUCCGACAUAAAGGUAAUUUGCUGGGCUACUAAACCUCCUCAAGCCGCAGCUCUCGCUCCUAUUCUCCAGCAAUACGAGUUUGCCCUUUCUUAUCUCCUUAUGCCCGCGGAGCAGCCAGGACACAUUUCUGAGGAGGAAUUUGUCGCCCUCGGUCUCAUUGUGGGUGAGUUAGAGCCUGAGCUCAGACAAAUCAACAAAGUACUUGCCACAAAGUCCCUUAGCAGUCGCAACAACACGCGUGUAGCUUUUGAGAGCACAAGUAAGAGGUACCAUGCAAUGAACACUGAGGCUAGUCGGGCGGAGGGUCACGAGCAUAUAGUAAUUCGACAAGCUGCGGUAUCUGGCUACUGCAGUGUGUGUCGGCAGAUUCGCAGUAGCGUUAUUAAAAGGCCAGCAAUGCCAUGGAAAUCUGAGGAACUUUGGAAGGGAUGGUGGCAGGACGCUCGAACUCGUCAACAGGCCGGUGCGAAAGCAGUCAAUUUGCUUGAGGAGACUCCGCGAAGUGAAGUCAAGCACAACUGGGUACUAGAUGGAGGUAUGGCCCUACAGAAGCGAAGUUGCGUUGUUUCGACCAUCCUCAAUGCAGCAGUAUCUUCGGUAGUAACAUCAGAUAGGUCGUACCUUGACCACUGGAAAAGCGAUUUGGGCUGCGCUCUGCAGAUCAAACACAAAAGUUCGCCAGUUCGCAUUGCUCUCCUAGCUCAGGCUCACUGUGGCGAGGACCGCCUUCUUGCUCAUGUGAACAUUCCAGAUGCUUUCCUAUCGUACCCUCCAACAACACCACUGGCACUUAAAUUGAGUCCAGGGCUUGGCCGACGCCCAGCACUUGUCAUAAGAUUAAAGUCGGAUCAUGCUGGAAAUACUACUUCGCAUUUAUGCAUCCUGAGAGCAAAGAAUUUGGCUCCGUCGUACUUUGAUGACAUCGCACAUCAGCCGAUUGUACAAUUAAAAACCAACAAACUGGCUUUGCUCGAAGGCGUAAUAUCAAAAGUCACACCUUUAGACAUGUACUGUAUUAUCUAUGCCCAAAACAGGGAGGUUGGUCGAACCUCAAUGAAGUGGAACACGCCAAAUCCGGUAUGGGCUGAAGAUAGCGCUGAUGGGCCAUGGGCUUACUUGGGCCACAGUUCUCUGCAGAUGUCUCAUCGAUCAGUGUCUAGCUUAAGCCACAUCGGAAAGUGGUCUUCUCGUGCGGCCGAGCCUGACGCUUUGUUGGCUGAAUCUGAACGGCAAAAAAUGACCAUGGAAGAAUGCCAGAUGCGUGCUGUAGUAGGAAUCAUACGGAAAAGCAUCGAGCAUACUAUUAUGAUGCAGCAAGAAAAAGCUCGGGGAUCUUUCCAAGAACUUAUUGCCGAGCUCAAUGGACGUAAUGUGAUUCCAUUCCUCGCACGACUCAAAUGGACCGAGACCAUUGAGAGUGGCCGCGACCGCCCCGUAGGACACAUCAUGCACGAUAAAACCACAAAUUGCUCCCUUCUUCUGCGUUUUUUGCGGCUGCAGCAUGUUGCAGAUGCUCAAUAUAUAAUGUCAAUUGCUGAGGCUCUCCACAACCUUCAUUGUCCUGGUGUUGUUAAGAUCCAGUUCCUUUGCUCACAUGAGGUUAGUUCUUUCAAUUUGCACGGCACCUGUAGUCAGAUUUGCAUACUCGUCGCUAUUGUGACCUCUCGUGCUAGGAUUUCAGUAACCGAUGCAAUUAAUCAAUGGUCUAAUCCCAAAAUGCUCCAAGCAUGGGGCCGCCAAGCUGUCUGUGCAUUAGCUAACUUGCAUCAAAAUUGUCUCAUUCACCAGAACAUUCAUCCUGGUGCGAUAUGCCUUGACGAUGGAGGUCGCGUGGUUCUAGAUGACUUCCUCUUCAUGUUGGACGCACGUGAAAGACACUGCGGCUAUUCACAUGGUCGAUCAGACUACGGAACGAUUUCCAGAGAUCUCAUUGCACCGGAGAUUUUACAAUCAUAUCGCGCAGUCUCCCCAAAAGCGGAUGUCUGGGCCUUUGGCUGUUGCCUUUAUCAGUGGCUUACCGGUGCUCUGCCAUCUGUGCAUUCCGAACCCCUCCCCUCCAUACUUGAGAAAAUACCCAGGAGAUUCAUCGGGCCCAUGUAUUCUGCCAUCAGCCUUGCGCUGCAGCCUUGUCCGUCUGCACGGGCGGAUGCAAACGACCUUGUUCGUAUCCUGUCUGCUAAUUUGUGAAGCUGCAGGAAAUUUUCUGGAUCUGAGCGGCGUCUGAUCGAAUGGCCGGUAUUUUGCACACGCUUCAUGCUGCAAUGGGAGUAGUCCUGCGCUCAGCGCCAUUGUAUGUCCGGCCGACACGGGUUGGUGCGAAUCAUACCCCACAGCUUGGGCUCCACCGCCGCACUAGUGGUGGGCGGUCAGGAAGUUUGGGUUGUCUUCACGCUUGUUGCGGCCCCGUGGCUGAAUGCACAAGGCGCCCGGACACCCCCCGCACAAAAUCCCGUCGCUUAGAUCAUUUUUUGGCAACGAACCGCCCCUGGGCUGGCAAGCACUCCGCGGGUGAAACGAGAGAGAGAGUUGACUGGCAAAUCACCGUGACACGGCCGUUAAUAGUGAAAUACAGCGUACUCACUCGUACUACUAUAGGCUGCUGCGUCUCGGGCAACCCCAAGCCGGCGCAACCCCGUCGUAAUGGACCGCGUGAUGGGCAGCGGUGCAAGAAACUCGCACUCAUCCGAGUUGGUUCAAAGUACCCUGAGUGCUUAAUAUCAAUGUAUUAUCAUACUGCGGUACCUAAAGUUAGAAAGUAAGCUGGACCCCCGCGCUGGAGCGAAGCAUCAGAGCGACACCCGACACGCACGUAGCGUCACCAUGCGGCUAUGUUGCAUUUCUUAGGAUCCCUGUCAAC